CCCCCCCCCCAAGAUCUGCAGGCCUUGACACUAUCAUCGAACGUUUGUGCCUUGCUCACACAAGUCAAGCAUUGCCCGCCCAUUGAUGGACCGUUGUCGGGCUUAAUCCUAGUUCCUAAGCGAUGUUUGGGUUUCAUAAGAACGAGACGCUGUCGCGCUCUAGACAAUCGUCUAUCGAUUCAUCUGUAGCAGAAGGCCGAAUUCUGACAUCAGUCCCUGAUUCGACAACUGCGUCGCAAUGUUCGGCAGAUUCGGACUACACUGAAGGUGCGCACUCGCCAGAACGGCGACGGAGGGCCACAUCUAACAGGCGAAACUCUGUCUUCAACAUGCGCUCGAGGAGUAACACAGCUGCUUCUACAGCCUCGUCGAUCAUGUCUUCUAGCCAUCCAGAUAUGGCUUCGUACGGCCAUACCGCUCCCGGUUCUCCACCUACACUUCGUCAUGUUCCCAGCCACAGCCGCCUUGACAACAAUGGCUCAAGGAGAUCAAUGUUCCGCGGAAAGAUGGGGAAAAGAUUGAGCGAGUCGGUUAGCAAUGGAGUGGAUGCCGAUGACUACCAGGAAGUAGAAGCUGGACGAAAGCGAGCAUCGUUCCUGCGAAAGAUGAAAGGGGCCAACGAGUCAGAGACCAUGUACAGCGAUCUGAAGAACCGCAUCUCCAGUCCAUUUGACUUCCAGCAUUUGACACAUGCCGACCGACAUCAGGUAGCUACGCUAGAGCAAGCUCCUGGGUCUGCGUUGGUUACUGGAUGGGCCGAGCGUGCUGCACGAAUGUCUGCUUCAGGACCCAACAGCCCUCGCAACAUGUUGACCGAGAAUCUGGUGGCAUCAGAGGCAGGCUAUGCCUCACCACCCCAAAGCCCACAUUUGAGGGAAUGGCAACAGUCCGACCCCAGUGCAUCUCGACAAGGACUUAGGCUAACUCGGUCUGUGGAGAGCUUCUCGCAGCCAGGCGUCAACAUUCGUAACCACCGCCACUCAUCGUCUGUCAUUGCGCCUCCUCGAACUUCUUCCCUUGGCCCAAAAUCAUCCAUUCAUAACAUACCUAAAGAGGAGGCAUGGAGCCAAGCAUCCACUUCUCGUUCGAGAAGACAGUCAGGCAUAUGGGACGCAUUUGCCCUGUCAACUGGAUCAACUAGUCAACUUCCAGGGAUUGCUGAGGAUUCCACCUUCGUCGGCAAUGCUGUCACAACACCAGAUGACUCCGCGAUUCAGGCCAUGACUCCACCAUUCAGUCCCAGCCUUGAUGAUGUCGCAGAGGAGCCGGAGCGUUUUGUCAAUCCCAGGCCUGCUCCUCAGCCAUCCCGAUUGAGAUCCCCAACAUCUCCCAGAUCACCCUUCCUGGAAUCGUUUUCUUUCAACGGUCAGCGCUCACUGGGCGUGAAGACUCGAUCGAGGGGUAAUCCGCACACCUCACCUAGGUGCUCUGCUCUUCCAAGCUUGACCGGUCAAACCGGUUCGCAGAUAUCGGAGACAUUGGAAUCCCCUACUCUGACACGCGCGAGUCCUGUCCCUAGACCAGUCGUUACACGUCGCAAGUCGAACACUUGGCGUGCCAUUGAAGAAUCUUGGGAGGAUGACGUGGACUACAUCUAUGAUAACGCCUUGGAAGCUGAAUGCGAUAACGACUGGGACUGCGUAUCUGAAGACGAGGGACUAAGUGAACGCCAUCAUGCUCUGACGCGAGCAGUCUACGAGGAAAGGUUUCCAGCACCACGGCCCGCGCAACAACCGCCUCAGCCUCCCAGUAAGAAGCCAACGUUCCGACUGCAGCUUCCAUUUGUAUCGUCGCGCUUGCUUCUGGACAAUGACAAUGUCCCGGAACUGGGCUCUGCAUCCGGAGCAUCAGCAUCUACGACAACAAUCAGCCUCCAGACACCAUUCCAUGAGUCAGAAGGAUUCAUCUUGAGCCCUUCCCUCCUGCUUCCCCAGGCCUAUAAGGAGCCAGCAGAGGCCUCCUAUGAAGAUAUUUUGAAGGAGUAUGACGGAUCUGACUGUCAUUUCCCCAUUAUGGAUCUCGAUGAAAGCGCAACAAGCUCAACCCGCAGCAGUCACGUCCGCUUCAGCCGCCGGAGCUCGUACGACAGCAGCCUCACGUCUUCGGCUCAAAGCUCUGGGCUAUGGAGCUCUCCCAUCAGACGCUCAGCAAGCUCUGCCGGCAGCCUCCCAGAGCUGGUACACUCGCGUCGCACUCGACAGAAUUUCAAUCUGAUUGUGGACGAGCUUUCCGAGCAAGUUGCGAUUUUGGAGGCGUUCGGCAGUGACAACGAGGAGGAUGAUGAUGUCACUCCACCAGGACCCUCUCGUCGCUCGGCAGAACGUUCCUUCUUCUCUUCUGCGCGGGACUUGGCCAACAACGAAAGUUACCAGCGCAACAAGCAAUCCCACAAGCAGACUCUUUCGGAUGGCGUAGCUCAUAUGCUCGCCCCCGCCAGUACUCCUAAGACUCGCAGCCGCGCAGCCACCACUAGCUACAAAGCCGGCGAGGAGUACCUUCAUCUCUUCCCUACACCACCCUCAUUUUCACCUCCCACCACCGACUAAGUCGACCUUCCACCGACCCUGAAUCGCACUAUGCCCACACCACCUCGUGCCAGUCUAGCACACCGUGGCAUGGCUGGUCCAUGCCUUGACACGCUUGCACGAUCCAUGUUGGUUGGAUCUCUAUUACACAAUCCAUACACUUCACUGUACAUAUUCACGACUCACCAUGAAUUCCGUUCUUAGCUUUUGGCGUUCUUCUCACCGGACCAAGAGGAUAGAUUUGAUCGGCGCAUAGAGUCUCGGUAUUUGUAGAAUCUGUUGUCUAGUUUCUUGUCGGUCACGCACACUACCUUACCAGGUGUUGCAUCUGUACGCGAUUUCAUAUUUCAGACGUUCGCACCUGCUAUCAACGAUAGUCACAUUUCCUUUGUAGUCAAGGCGCUUGAGCUUACAGUAAUGGCGCCUCAAUUCGUGUACGGUGUUCACCAAAGGCGACUGGAAGUAAUCGUAGAUCACAACUAUCCAAGCGCAUUACAGCAUAACCUCA